AUGAAGGAUGACAAAAAUAAUGGCAUUUUGCUGGUAGUCCUGAGCUAGAACCCAAUCUCUCUAGACCAAAUACUUGCAACAUGGCGUUCUUAGUUAGACCUCAGUUGUGAUCAUUCGAUUCACAACAUUUCAACACCUGUUCCAUGUAGUUGCGAUGACAUAUUACAGAUAGAUGCAGUUAAAAGUCUGAGCCAUGACGGAAGACUCGAAAUUUUCCAUUGUUUCGCCGAAGUCGGUGAAAUUGUACGCGGAAAUUUGCGGCGUUCAGACUUUGACAGACGAUCUUGCCAGUUCCUUGGCUGAAGAUGUGACCUACAGACUUCGCGAAACGCUGCAGAGUGCCUCACAGUUUAUGAAGCAUGCUAAGCGGAGAAGGCUCUCAAGCGAAGACUUCAACAAAGCAUUAGAAAGAAGUAGCACAGAGCCAAUUUAUGGUUAUGGAUCUAUGGAUGACGUGUUGUUUCGAAACGCACCAACUAAGGAUGGGGACAUUUUCUUUGUUGAAGAUAAGGAGAUAAGCCUACGAGAGCUGGCAAUGAAUGUGGUUAUACCCACUGACCCUGGACAAAGAAGUGUUAAAGGUGAAAUCUCAGUCAGUCAAUUCAGUCAGAACUUUCAACAGAAGGUUGCAAAGGAGAGGUUUUGUUUCAUGCACAAAUUUAAGAAAAACUCAUGCAUCACGUCUAUAAAAGAUAAAAAUUCAAUUCCUUCUUCUUGUGUACAAGGUUUCAGAUUUAAUGCACGUUCGUAUUUUGAACGAGCACUGGUGCUCUUGGACGAUAACGUGGUUAAAUAA